AUGUCUUCAGUGGUUGCGAAGAGCUAUAACAAGAAUGCCGAUCCAGUAGUCGCUUAUUGUUCUGAGCACACCGCGAUCCUGACUCCACUCCAAGUGGAACUUCAAAAAGAAACCCUUACGAAUGCUCCAAUGGGUGGAAUGCUUGGAGCUCCAGAAGUUCUAACUUUCGGUCAACAUUUCAUCCAAUCCUUCGGAGGAAAGCGUGUCCUGGACAUUGGUACCUAUACAGGAGCAUCCGCAUUGGCAUGGGCAUUGGCUGUUCCGGAUGAUGGAGAGGUUUAUACAUUUGAUAUUGACCAUACAAAUUAUAAGAAAUACGGAGUUCCAAUCUUGUCCAAGGAUCAAAAGACGUUCGCAAAAAUCAAGCCUGUGGAGGGAGCAGCUGUGGAUAGUUUGGACAAACUGAUUGCCGAUGGCCAAUCUGGAACCUUUGAUUUCGCAUUCAUCGAUGCUGACAAGACAAGUUACCCGGCCUAUUAUGAGAAGUGUGUGACCCUUCUUAGAAGUGGAGGUGUGAUUUUGGUUGACAAUAGUCUUCGCGGCGGAAAAGUGGCUGAUCCAAAGUGUCGUGAAGAUCCCUCAAAUGCUGCUAUUCACGCCACCAACGACAUCAUCUUCCAGGAUCAAAGAACCAGAUCAGCUCUUCUGAAUUUGGGAGAUGGAACUCACGUGGCUUUCAAAAAAUAA